AUGUCCUGUGCGAGGGACUCCUGGGCCUGCAGAAAAAGCGAGGCGUCGAGCAGAGGUACUUCGUCCUGUACGAGGAUCGGGGGUGUCAUGCCCUACUACAUGGACCGUCAGGGCUUCAUCGAUGGCAUCGAGCCGCGUGGCAGGGUCAACAUCGAACAGGUCGACAGCUUCAAGGAGCACAACGGUGGCUUCCAGCUGGAGAUAGACGGGAGAAAGGUGGACUUCGUUCCCGUGCCCGGGGGAGACUCGGACAUGCGCCCGUGGACGAGCGCGAUCGAGAGGGAGAUGCGACGGCGAGGCGAGAUGGGCGAGGACGACGAGGCGGACGAGGAGGCCGCGGGCAACGCCGUGCAGCAGGGCCCGCUUUGCAACGGCAUUCUCGAGGUCUCGAGGAAGGGCAAGUCCCACUCCAGGUAUUUCGUCCUCCACGCCGACCGCAUGGAGUACUUCUCCAGCGGCGACGACUUCGCCGCGGGGGCCGAGCCCCGGGGCAAGGUCCUUACCGUGAGCCACGUUAUUGGCGUCAAGGAGCACGUCGGCGGCUUCACGGUCAUGCUCGAGAGCGAGGGCGUGCCGCAGGCGCCGCUGGAUUUCAGGGGAUCAGAGGAGGAGGUGGCCAAGUGGUACCCUGUUUUGCGCAAGCAGCUCAAGUCAUCGCUGGCGGACGACUACGAGGAGUUAGCGCUCCCGGACCCCAGCGAGGUGCCCGGGGCCAGCGCGACGCUCCUCGAGCGGCUGGUGCGGGCGCUGGGGCAGAAGAGCGGGACCCCAGGGGCCUCGGAGAUCCAGCAGUUUCUGGACAGCAACUGGCUCGAGGUCUCGAAUGCGCUGAGCAGCUUCGGUCCCAACGGAGAGCUCCAGAACGGGGAGGCGUUGCCAGCAAGCUGCUUCAAUGACUUUUACAAGUGGACGAUGCUCCCCGUCGUGGUCGCGGCAGAACGCGCCUCUGGGGGCGUGCGGUGCACGUUCGGCGUGAACAUCCGCGACGAGGUCUACCGGAAGUUGCUGCACGACUCGGCCGUUGGCGCUGCGAGCCCAGACCUUUUCGAGGAAGUCAAGAGCGGGCUGCACGGCCUGACCAAGCGGAUGUUCGACCGUGUCCUCUUCGAGCAGUGCGUUAAAGAUAACGAGAUCCCGAACUGGGGCACGGACACCAUCGACGCGGUCUGCGGCCCCGCAGGUGCCCCUCGCGCGCUCGUCCAGGAGAUCAUAGUAGACACGAGCUGCAGGAAACCCGUCGUGCCGGCGUCCCCGGACUCUGUCCUAGUGCAGGUGUUCGUGGCGUGGGACGAGAAACUGCGGCAAGACCGGGUUCACAUCGAGGCUUCUGGCCCGUGGCACAAGGUCACGUGGCUCGAGACCCCCAUGAUGCAGGUCGUCUACGAUUGUUUGUUCCGAAGCCGCAAGAGGCAGGAACACCGCAUCCCCAAACCGCCGUCGGGCACGUGGGACGACGGCGCCUGGUACGCGGAAUGGCUGGCCGAGGCCAUGUGCCGCUGCGCGCGGAGUGUCAAGGCCGCCCAGGAGUCCGGGAUGAAGGGCGCGCUCUUCACGGGGCGGCGCACGGGCGGGCUGGCGCUGAUGAUUCUGCAGGGCAUGUACGCGCAGCGGGCCUUCCGCUCCUCUGACGGGGCCCCCAUGCUCCUCGGGUCGUCCUCCGUGACCGCCCGCUACCUCAGCCUCGCCGCGGGCGUCGCCCCGGAGCACGUGCCGCCGUGCGCGGGGAUGCACGCGCACGAGCUGCAGAUGGCGUUGGCGGCGAUCCUCGGCGACCUGGACGACCAGUGCGGGAUGCCCCUGUCCCACGUGGUGGCCCACAUGCUCUAUUUCUACAGGAGCAUGCCGCAGGGCCACGUCAAGGCGGGUUGGGACAUCAGGGUCAUGUCCAUGCUCACCGACACGAUCGGCUCGCGGGCCUUCUUGCGGACGGCCGCAAAGCUCAGAGUACCUUUUGGGCCCCACAAGGGCGAGCCGCUGGUCUCGAUCAUCGGCAAGGCGCGCCAGGACUCUGGAACCUUGGAGGCCUUCAGGGACAUGAUGAGCGAGUUCGGGUACAAGGGAGCCUGCAUGGCCUCGGAGAUCGAGACCCACGCGGACAUCAGCAGGGCCUCCAGUGUCGGCUUCGAGAUGUUCGGCGCGGGCGGCUUCAUGGGCGAUUCGGAGAAGGCCUGGGACAGCACGAAGGCAAACAUCAGCAUGGCCGUCAAGGUGCUGCGUGUCUAUGUGGGCGGCUCGAGCGAGGCCAGCGCCUUCCCGCCGGUGAAAACUGGGGAGCUCGGCACCGAUGGCAGGAUAAGGGACGAGAAGUUCGAAGUCGACGGGACCCUGUCCCGUGAGAAGCUGGAGCAGUCACGCCAGCGGGUCCAGGCGUUGUGCGAGGACUCGCCCAAGGUGUCGGACCAGGAGCUCCAGGAGCUCUUCGAGGGAGCGAUUCGGAGGUUCCUGCCUGACGAGGCGGCCAAGUGGCCAGCGAGUGGGACAGCGGAGGCCACGGCGGCGGCGGCGCGGCCGAAGAGCCCGGCGCGGGGCAUCUCCUUCCGGGGACCGUCGGUGGCGUCCGUGCAGUCCAGCAGGGCGUCGACGGCCUCCCGGCAGCAGGCGUCCCCGGCGAGGCUCCGCGCGAUGCCCGUCGCGCGCGCGCGCGGAGACCUCUCCUACCUGCGACCCGUGCGGUGGCGCUGCCUGUACGGUGGGUUGGAGGUGCGGAGCUUCCUGGCCCUUGACACUGGCAUGGGGAUUUCCGCGGCCAGCAGUUCCGGCCUCAACUCCGUGGACAUCGGUUCUCCUCCCCCCCACCCCGGCGAGGCCCUCCGCCGUGUCGACCAAGCCGACUUCGCGGCCGUCCUCGCCGCCUUCGCAGCCAUCCUCGCCAGCCUCGCGCCAGUCCUCGCGAGUCUCGGGCGCGCCCGGGAGGGAGAGGCAGUCGACGGCAUCGGUGAGGGCGGCCUCGUCGUCGGUGACCCAGGUGAGCCCGCGGCAGACACGGGGGAAGGCCCAGUCGGAGGAAGAGCCAGCGGCGGAGCAGAGGAGGACCAUCAGCGGAGGACCUCCAUCGCCAGGUCGGCAGUCGUCGGCGUCCCAGGCAUGCAUCCGGCGACAGGCGUCGACGGCAUCCCAGUCGCGGACGCCGCCGCGGUCGUCGCCGCGAUCCCCCAGUAUAUGAUGAGCCUCCACGGCGUACUCGGGGAGCUGGGGAACUUCGCCAACUUUGCCUUCAUAAUUUGCCUGAACGGAAAUCGCCUCAAGCCCCCGCUGCGAAACGUAAGAAUCGCGAUGCAGCUCAUUAAGGUCAGCGCCCGCGCGCUUCAUGAGCCAGGGGUGCACGCGCGCAAGGGCGCGCUGGUCGCUCGGGCCAGGGCGAGGACGCUCGAGUCCGACCCCUCAUCCAACGCCGUCAGCGGCUUGGGCAGCCUCGCGGGCUCAAUGCCUUGCGACAGCCUCAAGUCCGUCUGGGUGCCGACCUCACUCGUCUCUGGCUUGGGAAUGAUUGACCCGACCAACGUAUUCACAACCUUCUGGCACUCCACCGUCGGCAGGAAGAAGGUCGACUGCUGCGUGAGCAUCUUCUUGAGGAAGUACACCUUCUGUGUUCCGAGCUGCCUCUCUGCCGUCGACCUCUCCUUCCUGACGCCACAGAUGGCCCAGAAAGAUGAGCCAAUGCUGUGCGCGACCUUCUGGGCGAGCUUCACAUCGUCCGAGCUCAAUUUUUUAUCCCUGGCCUGCUUCCCACCCUCCGCGUAUAGCUUGGAGGUGUAUGCGCCCUUGGACGGGUAUUUUGCUGCGACACUCUUGGAGAGAAACUCCUUCAGAUUGAGCUUGAAGCCCUUUGGCAAAUCACUCUCUGUGACGCCGCCCUGCUUGGCCUCUUUCGCCUUCUUCAUCGGUGGCGGAUCGGCGUCGCCCGACGAAGGGGCGGCCGAUGCGGGGCGCUUUGCAGCGGAGGCCGAAGCUGCGGGGCGCGGCAAGCGGCCAGCCGCUUUGCCCUUGCCUGUCGCCUUCGUGCGCAAGCGCUCCGCAGCAGAUUCCUCGCUCGCAUCGCUGUCGUCGGCGCAGGCGCCAGCCUUCUCGUCGACAGCUGGGGGAGGCAUGGGGAAUGUUCCAGCGCUGUCGUCGGCGCGGACGCCAGCCGUGGGCUCGGCCGCUCCAGUGGGCUCGGCGGCGGAGCGGCUGCCCUUCGGCUCGGGCAGGUGCGAGGCCGACGACGCGCCCACGUCGGCGGAAGAACGGAGGCACUGCAGCAUGUUAUACGGGUCCAUGCCUGCACUCGUGCUAGGGAGACCCUUCAUCAUGCCCUGCAGGAGCAUCUGGGCGCCGAUCUGCCUGCAGGCUUCCGCCAUGAACUGA